GGUAGACAGAUGAACAAAAUUAAUUUGAAUUAAGAAGCACAAAUGCAAAUUGAAAUUUCACCCUGACAGACGGCAACCUUGUGCAUUUAAUCAGCUGAUAUUGAAGAAUUUUUUUUUCUGUAAUCGCCAAGUGAAAAUGGAUAGAAGAAAAAUUUUGUUAUUGACAGCUAUUCUGUUCGUAAAAAAUCAAGUUUUAUUUUGUGAAAAAAUUCAGUUACUAUUACUUAAAUUAAUAAAUAAUAGGGCGCAAAUAAAUUCUAUUUUGAGCAGUCACGCGAUCCUACGAGCCAGGAUUGCAAAUGCCCAGUCCGACGUACGGCGGAUCUGGAAAUUCGACCGCAGUAGCAGAUUUUGGGAGCACGAUGUCCGUGCAAUGGACGACGCAAGAUUCAGAGAAAACUUUCGUCUCGAUAGGAGGGCUUUUCAAAAAGUGUGCGAAAAAGUACGAAACAUGGAGAAAAUUGAUAGCAACCUGAGGCGUUGUAUUCCACUCGAAAAGAGGGUGGCUAUCGCACUUUUCUCAUUGGGUUCUGCAGCAGAGUAUAGAACCGUUUCUAGUUUAUUUGGAGUUGGCCGAAGUACUGUUGGUGAAAUUGUUCUGGAUUUUUGCCACUCAGUUUGCGAUAAUUUUGCGGAUUGCAUUAAUACAUACCCCCCAAAUCAACAAGAAAUCAAAAGAAUCGUAGACGGUUUCGCAGUCCUAGGGUUUCCGCAAUGCUUUGGAGCUGUAGAUGGAUGUCACAUUGAAGUGCAGCCAAGAAAGGAGGAUGCCGUAGAUUACCACAAUUACAAAGGAUGGUAUUCCGUGGUUUUAUUGGCAAGCUGUGAUCACAGGUCAAAAUUUACGUAUAUUAACAUUGGAUCUACUGGAAGAAAUAAUGACUCUUACAUAUUUGAAAAAAGUUCAUUAAAACAAUUUCAUGAAAGCGCAGACAUUUUCGUACAAAAUAGCGAGCUUAUUGGCGGAUUCAAUAUACCUGUGCUACUUAUGGGCGAUUCGGCCUUUCGGUUAUCGCGCCACAUGAUGAAACCAUAUCCAUAUGUAGCUAACCAACCAGCUGCUGAAAAACUCUUUAACUAUCGCCUGUCCAAAUGUCGGCGUGUGAUCGAAAAUGCUUUCGGCCAGCUGAAGGCUCGUUUCCGAAAAAUAGGGAGAGGCUUACAAGUAGCACCUAAAAAUGUUAACGUUAUAAUACAGGCCUGCUGUAUUUUACACAAUUUUUUUAAAACUUGAGAACGAUGAAGUUUCUUCCGUCUGGAUGCAGGAUGCAGCAGAAUACGGAUCAGCAAGGAAUCAACCUAAUCACACAACAAGAGUUGGU